UGUCCCAUCAUUAGUGUCAGUGGGAGGAAUAGUGCCCCAUCAUUAGUCAUCAGUGGGAGGAAUAGUGCCCCAUCAUUGGUGUCAGUGGGAAGAAUCGUGCCCCAUCAUUGGUGUCAGUGGGAAGAAUCGUGCCCCAUCAUUGGUGUCAGUGGGAGGAAUAGUGCCCCAUCAUUGGUGUCAGUGGGGGGUAGGAAUAGUGCUCCAUCAUUGGUGUCAGUGGGAGGAAUAGUGCUCCAUCAUUGGUGUCAGUGGGAGGAAUAGCACCCCAUCAUUGGUAUCAGUGGCAGGAAUUGCGCCCCAUCAUUGGUGUCAGUGGGAGGAAUAGCGCCCCAUCAUUGGUAUCAGUGGCAGGAAUUG